GGGGAACCUGGGCUGAGUCCGGGGUGGGGACGGAUGGGGGGACGAGGGGCCUGGGGGCAGGGGAAGCUGCUGGAAACGUUUGCCCCAGGGAGUGAGCUACACUAAGAAAAAUCAGUCCAAGGCUCAGCACAAAAGGAUCUUUUCAUUCCAGUCCUUUCGCCCACGCAGGGAACGAUGCCUCUGGAAGUGGUGGUAGAACUACAGAUCCGGGCGAUUUCUUGUCCAGGGGUGUUCCUUCCUGACAAGCAAGAUGUGUACCUUGGGGUGUACCUCCUAAAUCAAUACCUGGAGACCGACUGCUUUCCCUCUGUGUUCCCUAUUAUGAUUCAGCAGAGCAUGAGGUUUGAAAAGGUGUUUGAAAAUGCCAUAGAUCCUGGCGCUGUAGCAGACAUUUUAGAAAGCUUCCUAACCCGGUUUGAAUUAAUACAACUAGUACCUCCAGUGUGGGAGGAGUUGGCCUGCUAUGAAGAAAACACACGGGAUUUUCUUUUCCCUGAACCCAAGCUGACACCUUCGCUCCCUGGGAUGUGCAGGGAGGUGCUCAUGAAGACGAUUGCAGGGUUUCCAGGCAUUGCUCCCAAAAUAGAGUUUUCUACAAGGACAGCCAUCAGAGAACGAGUGUUUCUGCAAAGAAACAGAUUUUCUGAAGAAAAAUAUAGUAAGUCAAGAAGGCCUUUAUCUGCAACAGAUGGACCCAAGCUCCCCAUAAAUAAUAUGAAGAUGAAGCCAAAGGAGAGUAAUCUCAACAGACUGCCCCAAAGCAUGCAGUCCCGUGCUCCCUCUCCUGUUUCCGCCCGGCGCUGCUUUCACGACCAGCCAGCUCAACUGAACCUUGGAAAUAACGUCAGAUUCUCCGGGGGAAGCAAACCUCCAUUUGUAGUUAGACACGUGGACAGUGCAAAGCCUUUUGGUGAGACUGUUUCAGAGUAUCAGUCCCAGAAGUCGAGAAGAAAACUUAAGUUUUCAAACUUGCCUUUUCCGGGGAGAAGAGCUUCUUCUCUUGACAGCCUUGCCGCUAACGUAAAGGUCAUCAAAGAGCCAGAUGAACGGAUUGUUUUAAGGAAAGAAUCACCAUCACCUUUAGAUUCCAGUAAGUUUGGAAAACCCUCGCCCAUUUACAGUAACCAAGGGGAUGCCGAUUUCCACGGGGAAGCUUCGUUUGCUGCCUCCCAGCAUUCCAGAUCUCCCAGCCCUCUUCUGGAUCAGCCCCUUCUCUGCGACGAAAGGUUCCACCCUUGCUCUCAGUCCUCGUGGAGGAAGAUCCACGAAAGGGCGUGCAGUCUCCUGACAUCCCACAGAGAUCAGCAACACCCACACAAGGAAUAUUCUAUCUCUGAAGCAAAGUGUAUCUUUGAAAGACCAAGCUACCUGCUGGAGGAAUACCCAGUGCAUGAACAGAGAUAUUUUUAAGCUGCUGUCUUAUUGUGUGGAAUUUCCAAUUUCACAAGGGGAACUGAAGGAAAGCUGGAGGAGCGUCGUGGAGAACUCAUUCCUGGAGCCAACUGACACGUCCUUAGAGAAAUGAACAACAGUUUUUGUUAUGUGUAUGGAAUCACCAGUGUCUUACCCCUGUCAAAUCAAACCCUGUACUCAGUCUUUUGUGCCCAGGUAAGAGUCGUUGAUUAAAGUGUUUCCUGUGUGGGGCUCAUAUUUUCUUGUCAAG